AAGAGACUGCAGUUUCCCUCUUCCCCUUGGAGUGAGAAAACCUAGGAGUGACCCCUGCAACACGACCGCACUCUUUUCUUUCUCUCAGACUCAUCUCUCGUUGUGAAGUAAGUGGUUUUUUCUGAUUUCAAGAGCAAAGAUCAAAGCUUGGAGAACAAAAAUGUUAUACAUAAUUGGUUUGGGAUUGGGUGAUGAACAAGAUAUCACUUUGAAGGGGUUGGAAGCUGUGAAAAAGUGCCACAAGGUUUAUAUGGAAGCUUACACUUCCCUCCUCUCCUUUGGUCUCUCCACCAAUGGCAUCUCCAACUUGGAAAAAUUAUACGGUAAACCCAUUAUUCUUGCCGACAGAGAAAUGGUAGAAGAAAAGGCCCAUGAAAUUCUUGCCCAAGCUCACCAUGACCACGUUGCUUUUCUCGUCGUUGGGGACCCUUUUGGGGCUACCACUCACAGUGAUCUUGUUGUUCGAGCCAAGAAUAUGGGAAUUGAUGUCAAAAUAGUGCACAAUGCAUCUGUGAUGAAUGCUAUUGGAAUUUGUGGUCUGCAGCUUUACCGAUAUGGGGAGACUGUUUCUAUACCUUUCUUUACUGAGACAUGGAGACCUGAUAGCUUCUAUGAAAAGAUUCAGAGAAACCGACUCAUGGGACUGCACACUCUUUGCUUGUUAGAUAUUCGCGUGAAGGAGCCCACACUAGAAUCUUUGUGCAGAGGAAAAAAAGCUUAUGAACCACCCAGAUAUAUGACGAUAAACACAGCCAUUGAGCAGCUUUUGGAGAUUAUGCAAGAUCGUGAAGAAUCUGCCUAUACUGAGGAUACCGAGUGUGUUGGGCUUGCACGGCUUGGUAGUGAAGAUCAGAUAAUAGUAGCUGGAACAAUGAAGCAGUUGCAGUUAAUUGAUUUUGGAGCACCUUUACAUUGCCUUGUCAUAGCAGGCAAUACCCAUCCUGUGGAGGAAGAAAUGCUGGAUUUUUACAGAUGCAGGACAUAGAUACUUAAGACAGCAGGACCAAUUUAAUUUAGCAUAAGGGACUUGCUGGUUUUUUGUAGGGGCCCUUUAUUUUUGCUCUUUAUGUAAAACAAUUUUGUUUCUAAUCAGGGCUAAAACUUAACUAAAAUUCAUUGGUGGAUGGAGAGUUAUGGGUCUUGAAAUGUAUUCAGCCCCCCAAAAGUGAUUAUUUUCUCAGUUGUAACUAUAUAUCCAAUUGAAAUUGGCACCUAUGUUAUUUUGCUUUCUAUCA